CUGUUUUAAGAAAAACGAAUGUUACAAUUUGGAAACUUGAAUCGCCGCCAUUUACGUUCCGCCGAUCCCCUUAAUAUCUUCUUCUUUUACAUCUUUUUUGUCUCUUUUAUCUUUCAUAAACCCCCGAACUUUUUUUUUUUUUCUCUCUCAACGGAAGGGAAGAAAAAAAAAAUAUUAUGGAGGCGAAUAAAACCUUUCGGAUCAUCGUGAUCGUCACGGUUUCUACUCUGGUCACGAUCUUAUCCCCCGUAGAAUCCAAAUACGGCGAUUCCUACGUCGCCAGAUCUCUACUCCAUGUGUUUCCACCUUCCGGUUCUCCUGCACCUGCUCCGGCGGUGACAGAUAUUGACUCUCCCGCGGCUUCACCACAAGCUCCCACCGCUCCGGAGGAGAUUGAUAUCGACUCCCCCGCACAAGCUCCUUCCGAUUCAAUGUCCCCGGCGGAGGUAGAUUUAGACUCUCCCGCGUCGUCACCAGAGUCUCCCGCCUAUUCGAAUCCACCGUCUGAGGAAAGUUAUGAUGUCGAGACUUCUUCGUCUUCUCCUACUUCUCUAUCUGGAAUCGAUGUUUUGAGUUCGGCCAAAAACCUUGUGAAUCCAGCUCUGUUAUCUCCGGAGAUCAAAGCUAUUUGCGGCAAAACCGAUUUCCCUCCGCUAUGCGAAUCUUCCGUUAGUCCUCUGUUAACGGUGGCUCAGCUGAAACCAGACACUUCCUCCGUCCUCGUUCUCGCGAUUCAAGCUUCGAUCAACGCCACCAAGGCGGCGUUGGCCACCGUCAAGGAAGUAGCCGCCGACGAUUGCCAGGAGUUGUACGACGACGCCCUUGCCAAUUUGGAAGACGCGGCGUUAGCCGUUAAGUCACGUGACAUUGCCACCGUUAACACUAACUUGAGCGCGGCUAUGACGGACUACAGCACGUGCAACGACGGCUUCGAAGAAGCGGGAGAGCCUAACCCUUUGGCUGACGUGGGCGAUAAGCUUACCAAGAUGGUUAGUAACUGUCUCGCUAUCUCCACGUUGCUCAAGUGAAAAAUGAAACGGCGGCGUUUUUGAAUCGCGACGAUGUAAAGUGUUUGUUUUCAUUAAAUUUGGGCCUGGUUUGAACGUGGUAGUACUACGCCGUUAUCGAAUAUAUAAAAUUCCAAAAUCACAUUAAAGAACGUGAGUGCGCUUUAUUAAAUAGGCUUAUGGUGACGUUUAACCAGAGAUAGAUCACGCUUCAUGCAUCUAUCUCCUCGUUGUUGUCUUGUCACCUAUUUCUUG